CAUAGAUGACGUAUAGACGCGACGUGUUGUUCUUUUGACAUUUCAGAAAAUUAGUUUUGCUUUGCUGGAUUCUAAUCGAGUUUCACUUUUACAUACGUGUCAACAGUUUGUGCACGGCUAGGCUGUAAAGCCUUUAAUUUUAUAAUCAUUGACAAAUAUAACUGGUAAUCAUUUAAAAUGGCGCCAAAACAGAGGAUGCGUAUUGCUAACGAGAUCGCCAGCAAAAAUAUCACAAUGAGGGGGAAUGUACCAAAAACAACAAAGGAAAAGGAAGACCAAUACCCCGUCUCGCCCUGGCUCUUAGCGCUCUUCAUCUUCGUCGUCUGUGGCUCCGCUGUCUUCCAACUCAUACAAUCUAUAAGACUUGCCUAACUGUGAUCCCAAUUUAAUAGAAACCCACCUGUGGCAUCUACAUACUUCAUUCAAAAACUUUCCAUGACCUCCUUUGACCUUUGCUCAGACUAUAGACAACUUUUCUCGCCACAGAUAAUAAAAAUAUUACUCCUGUCAAAUUAGACUUAAGCCUAGUGCAUACAGUAUAUGCAAGUCUACAUAGAUGUAAUGCAUCGGUUUUUUAUCUAUGUGCAGUUAAUCUCAGAAUGCAUAUAAUGUACUAUAUUCUUGUAUAUUGUAAAUUGACGUUUAAUAUUAAGAAUUUAGCAUUUGAAAUAUUCUCCAUUCCUUAAUUUUAUUUCCAAUCUAACGCACAACGCGUAUCGAUGGAUGAUAUAAGUAAUUCAUUUUAUUGUACAAUGAAAUUAUUUUAAUCCGCCCCACUGCGAAAUUAUAUGUCGGUUUUAUUUUUAAUUUUUAAUUGUAAUUUAUUUGAUUAAAUACAGUAUAUUUGUCGAAA